CCGUGCGCUCCCCGCCUUCGCGGCCCGGGCCCGCGCGCCAAACUUUGGAGGCAGAAGGGGGCUAAGCGGAGCGUGGGAGAGGGAGUUCCCGCCUUGGGGAAGCCCCACGCGGGCACCCACAGACCUGCUGCACCCAGAUUGGCAACUGCCAGGUACGCACAGCUCAUCAGCGCUUAAACCACAGCCUCACGGCGCACAAGGUCUGGGCACAUGCCACGCCGACCGUGCACACGCCGCAAACGGAAAUUUACGAUCCUGAGAACGCGGGUGGGGGGUGGGGGGUAUCGAUCUGCAAACCAGACAUGUCCUCCUGCUCCUGAAAUCGACCCAAGGUCUUUGUCCGCCUCCCCCGCAGCACCCCAACCCCCGCCCCCCGCGCCCCGGCGAGAGGGAGCCCCCAAAGCGCGACGGUCAGGGGAGGGGCUGCCCUGCCUUUGGGAAGUCGUGGCCGGGACCCCGCGGCCGAGGAGUGGAGACGGGAAAGCAGACUUUGCAGUCGGUUUUCAGGGUUCAGCAGGAGUGCGUUUUGAUGGGGGCAACUCGGUGUCUGGGUGAUGUGACGGGCGUGCACAGCCCUUCCGGAGGCGAGGCCGGGGGAGAGGAGGGACUGAUUCAUAAACUCAGAGCCGGCGUGCUCAGGUCUGUCAGCGAAGGGAAAAGGCUGGCGGGCCGGCGAGGCUCUGGGCAACGGCGCAGCCGGGCAGCUGGGCGGCCGCGGUGACACGGUCUUCGGGAAAGCCAAGACCCUUCCCCCCAGCGGAUAUGCUUCCUCGUAGGGACUUCCUGACUGGGCAAGGACGAGGGUGUCCCCCACCUGAAGUCGAUGAGCCAGCUCCCAAGGGACGCCCCUGAGCUGAGUCCCACGACUGGCCGGAGGAGCCCGUUGCCCACCCCUCCCCAUGGAUAAAGGACUCCCUCUGCCCCAGGACUGCCGGGACUUUCUGCACAGCCUGAGGAUGAGGAGCAAAUAUGCCCUUUUCCUGGCUUUCGUGGUGGUAGUUUUUGUCUUCAUUGAAAAGGAAAAUAAAAUCAUAUCAAGGGUGUCAGACAAGCUGAAGCAGAUCCCCCAGGCUCUGGCAGAUGCCAACAGCACCAACCCAGCCCUGCUCUUGGCCGAGAAUGCAUCCCUUUUGUCCCUGAGGGAGCUUGAUUCUGCCUUCUCCCAGCUACAGAGUCGCCUGCGAAACCUAAGCCUGCAGCUGGGCUUGGAGCCGGAAGCUGAGGCUGAAGGGGAGGAAGAGGAGGAGAAGCCACCCCAGCCCGCUGUGGCCGGGCCCCGGCGCCACGUGCUGCUCAUGGCCACCACGCGCACUGGCUCCUCCUUCGUUGGCGAGUUCUUCAACCAGCAGGGCAACAUCUUCUACCUCUUUGAGCCGCUGUGGCAUGUCGAGCGCACGGUGUCCUUUGAGCCCGGAGGCGCCAAUGCCGCCGGCUCGGCCCUGGUGUACCGCGACGUGCUCAAGCAGCUCUUCCUGUGCGACCUUUACGUCCUGGAGCACUUCAUCAACCCCCUGCCGGAGGACCACCUGACGCAGUUCAUGUUCCGCCGGAGCUCCAGCCGCUCGCUCUGCGAGGACCCGGUGUGCACGCCCUUGGUCAAGAAGGUCUUCGAGAAGUACCACUGCAAGAAUCGCCGCUGCGGCCCCCUCAACGUGACGCUGGCCGCAGAGGCCUGCCGCCGCAAGGAGCACAUGGCCCUCAAGGCCGUCCGCAUCCGGCAGCUGGAGUUUCUGCAGCCGCUGGCCGAGGACCCCCGGCUGGACCUGCGCGUCAUCCAGCUGGUGCGAGACCCCCGAGCCGUGCUGGCCUCCCGUAUGGUGGCCUUCGCCGGCAAGUAUGAGACCUGGAAGAAGUGGCUCGCCGAGGGCCAGGACCAGCUGAGAGAGGAGGAGGUGCAGCGGCUCCGGGGCAACUGCGAGAGCAUCCGCCUGUCAGCCGAGCUGGGCCUGCGGCAGCCCACCUGGCUGCAGGGCCGCUACAUGCUGGUGCGCUACGAGGACGUGGCGCGCCAGCCCCUGCAGAAGGCACGUGAGAUGUACCGCUUUGCGGGCAUAGCCCUGACCCCACAGGUGGAGGACUGGAUCCAGAAGAACACCCAGGCGGCCCAGGACAGUAGCGGCAUCUACUCCACGCAGAAGAACUCCUCGGAGCAGUUUGAGAAGUGGCGCUUCAGCAUGCCCUUUAAGCUGGCACAGGUGGUGCAGGCCGCCUGCGGCCCCGCCAUGCGUCUCUUUGGCUACAGACUGGUACAGGAUGCUGCGUCCCUUACCAACCGCUCCUUUAGCCUACUGGAGGAGCGUGGUGCCUUCUGGGUCACGUAGGGGGCCCCGGCCACCCGUACCCCUCCUCAUGGUAGUCGGCCUUGCCUUCCUCACUCGCAGGCCAGCAGUGAGACUGGCGUGCAGAGGGCAGGCGGGAGGCGUGCAGUGGGCAGGGAGCCCCUCUGCUGUAGAAGUAGGUCCCAUGCCAGCUAGCUUUGCCAGCACAUCCGGGGCCCUGGGGUUUCUCCCUGGCAGCAGGACGGUGCCUGCAACCCUGGGGGGCCAUCAAACCCAGACCUCAGGGGCUGCGGUCUCCAGAGCAGGCCCGGGCAGGCCUGGGCCUAUGACAAGCCUAUCACUCACACAAGCAUGCAUGCGCACACACACGCAGACAGAAACAUACAUUAAACACAAAUAAUGCCGCUAUGCCUGUGGGCAAGAGUCCAGACACAUAGCAGCCAGGCAGAAGGUGGGUCCUGGCCAGACACUUUUAGACCUCCUGAAAUGCCCAGUGUUAGCCUUUUAGUUUCUGGGUUGUGGAAGUCUGGAGUCAGGGCAGGUCUUUGGGGAGGAGCCAGCACAGCCCAGGGUAUGGAGGAAGAGAGGGCAUUCGGGGAUCACCAGGUGACAGCAGCUGUUUACCAACCAGUACAGAAUGAAUGUUAUUUUAUUAGCUGGUAUAACUGUGCCGAGUCCAUGGUGGUGCAGACAGUUUACAGUUCGGCUGCCAACCGAGAGGUUGGAGGUUCGAGUCCAUCCAGAGGUUCCUUAAUGAAAGGCCUGACUAUCUACUUCUGUAAGUUCAGCCCUUGGAAACCCUGUGGAGCACAGUUCCAAUGGCAACUCGUUUUUGUUUUUUUUUUUUUAUAGCUGUGGCGGCAUUCUGAUGAAUAUGAACCCUUUUUUAUAGAGCUAAAAAACACAUAGCAAUGAAUACCAACAUGCACACCCCAAACACAGACGUGAGAGCAUCAUGAAAACCCAAGUCCACACACAUACACACACACACACAUAGGCAAGCUUCUCAUUGCUUUAUGUCCACAGGGUUCAUCUGCACCACCCACCUAAAGAGGAGCCUUUAAUUAUGUUUUUAGAAUUAUUUGGGGAAGCGGGGGAAGGGGACAUGGUGACAUGCCAGAUCCACUUCCACCCAAUUCCCUGACCAGUUUCGACUGAACAGUGGUGUAGAACAGCCAAGUCUGCGAUUCCUGUCCACCUUGGCUUCUCCUGGCUACCUCCUCUGACCAUCCACGUCCUCGUUGCUGGCAGACAGGAUGUUUUGAAAUGGCGUGGCCAACGCUCACGUGACUGAGCCCAAAGGCCCCGUGGUAGCUUGGCCAGCUCUGAGAGCUUGUCUGUGCUUGAAGGCUGCCUUCAGCCUGACCAGCCAAAGCAGCUGGGGUCCCUGGAGGUGAAAAGCAGCCCAUGGCCCCGCCAUUUCCAGCCAGGCCUCAGCUGGGGCCGGGCCAGGAAGAAAGUACAGUGUGCUCUUCGGGGAGAAGUCACAUCAGGAUACCCCCUCCCCUGAGAAGCCAGCCUGCUCCCUAUGGACAGAGGUCAGCCAGCUGGUCGUCAUGGUUACAGCCAGUGUCUGGAAUUCUUCCUUUAGGGCUCUGGGAAGAGCAUUGCUCAACUGGAGCUGGGCUGGGUGUUUUAUUUGGGUCUUUUUUAAAGCUGUUUAUGGUUUGGUGUCUUUCUUGUUUGGUGCCUGUGUUUUUGGUUUUGACUCGAAGGAGUGCCCCUGGGAGGCAGUCUGGGACUUAGGGAGACUAGAGAACCAGCAGGGAGCACUUGGGAGAGGAGAGGAAGAAAGAGGAGAGGGAGCGGGGAUGCUUCCCCAGAAGGAUCUAAGCUGAGGGGCCACGUGGGAGCCACUUUGCCCCAGGCCUUUCUGUUUGAACCCCAUGUGGAACGAAUCUCAGAAACCACCGAUGUUCUUGUUGAAUGCCCAGAAGCAGCAUGAAUGAGCAGUCUUUACCCCCUCCCUGAGAAAAGGCCAGCCUUGAAAAGUCCUCGAAAAUCCCCCCGAGAAUCCAGCACAUUUCCUUGGGGGCCAGAGGCCCCAUCGCCAAGCAGCACAUCUCCCCAAAGUGGAAGUCCUUCCCUAGCUCCCACACCCAAACCCAGAGCAAAACUCAGUACUGGGCCCAGAGCUUGCAGGGAGGGAACUAUGACAGCUCACCAAGGGCUGCGGGCUUAGGGAAUCCAUUCAAAUACUCUGUUUCUGAUUUCCUGGACAACUUCUACAUCAGACGUGAACCGUUGUCAAACCCAGAGGGCUUAGUUUUGGUUUGAGUAAUGCAGACACCAGGGAAGUACAGGAUCCGGUUGCUGCUGCUGUGGGGACCAGUGAGUGCGUCCUGAUAGGAAGUUGCUGUUUAAAAAGGUGAGGACAGCCGCCAUCUUGUGGGAUUUGUCGUAAUCAGCAUAUUUGAGCCUUUCUGAGUCUCCAAUACCACGGACUUCAGCCACUCAAGGAUGUCUCCGUUCUGGGUUUUACAGUCCAAGGAGAGGCUGUCCAGGGAGCUGGCUUUAAUGUCAAAAGGACUCCAGCUGUGAACACUUGACUUGGAGUAAAGUGGAACCUGACCUUUCUGGCAGGCCCAGAAGUGCUGGCUUUUCUUCCCCAGCCCCCAAACUACCACCUCGUCUGUUCCCCAAGUGGGGCGGGAGUGGGAGGAGCAACCUCUAUACGGGUUCUUCCUAGGGAAGCUCCAAGUUUGGACAGCAGAUCUGUUCCUUCCUUCCAGCGUCUCUGGGGCCACCGCCUCAAUCCCUCAGCUAGCCCUCUGAGGACGGGACCAAGAAUGGACCUUUGAAACUUCUCAGGACAUUGACAUUUUGUACACUGCAAGUUGACUUAAUUUAUUUAUUUUAUGAAAAAGAAGAAACAGAAAAUACCUUAUUAUUGGCAGGGACUCAAAGCUGUACCAAAAUAAAGACAAGAUAAUAAUCAUAGAAACCAUUCACACACUGCAUACCCACAAGGACAUCUGAAGACAAUUCAAAAUAUGAGGGGGGGAGGGGAGGGAGAUAAACCAAGAGCCCCUGGUCUUGGUCACCCCUUGGUAUUGUGUAAGGGUUUUUGUUUGGUUUGUUUCUCGCACAUUUGAAGAUGUGACAUUGGGGCCCUGUGCCCGGGUGUUUGAGACAGGACACAACCCAAGUGUGUGUUGCCAUGAAGUGUAUCCCCCUGGGGCUCAGCAGUGCUCUGGGAACCCUCAGCGUUUGGGUGAGAGUAGUGGGGGGGUGGGUAACUACCAACCUUAUGUACCGUGGGACAUGACGGGUCGUGCGUUUGGCGUUUUCAGCGGGGAGCUGGCAUGGGGAAGGUGGUAGAGCUGGGGGCUGUCCCUCCUUUUCCAGUGAGACCAGCUCUGGUUUCCCCUCUGGUCUUGCUUGCCCACCAAGAGCCUUCACCUCCAUAGUACCCACCACCUGGAGUCAGGGAGCAGCUGAGGCCUCACCACUAUGGGCCACCAGCUUCCUCAGCACAACAGGCUCAUUCAGCAAAAAGCGUUCAUUCAUCUUCUCUCUAGUUGAUGAAGACCUCUUUAGCCCAGCCUAUUUAAAUAGUGCAGAACAUUCCAGGCCUGGGUGAGACAGGGGAGUGUCCACCACUCGCAGGCCCUUGCCACAGCUGUCUAUUCCUGGCUUCACCUCUGGGCCUGGUUUAUAAUUAUAAACCUGGGAGUGGAGAAGAGGCACUGGGAGGUCCUUGGGGACAGUCAGUGGGGGGCAGGAUUCCUGAGGCACUAGACACACAGCUCUGUGUAUCACAUGCUGGCCGGACCACCAAUUAUUACUAAGGCCAAUUCCAUCCUUUUGUCCCUGUAUGUGAUACACACACUUGAAAAUAAAUCAUGAACAGAAAAAAAUUUUUUGUAGUGAAUUUAUUCACUGUCUGCUAGGGCUCUCAGCCUGGGACCUACUGCCAGAGGCUGGUGUAAUUGGGCAGCUGCUGACUAAACCCCAAAGUAGCAGAGGGUACCCACCCAGCCCAUCACAACUGCAUCUUUUCCUACCAUCCCUGCCAUGUGUCCGAUGACAGCAAGAGGUUGUGCAGCCCCAGUCCCGAAGAAGGGCGCUUAGCUUAGAUGGUGGAGAGAGAGGCGAGCGUCAGAUCAUGGUCUGGACCUGAUCUUUAAAGCCCCCUCCAACCCUGGGUGAUCCCCUCCCACACUGGAGCCUAUUUUAAUUGACAGUUGGUCCAGUUUCCUGAUAGACCCCAGACUGUGAAAGACAAGUACUCACUGGGUGACUCUCUCCAAGGCAGUCUCGUUCUGUUGGGCAUGACCCCUCCAACCUCACCUCCAAAGUCUGGAAGAGCAGGCAGGUCUCAGAGGGAUGGGCUCCUGGGCUAGGCAGGCGGAGCUGAGAGGAAAGAGCAUGGGGGACAGAUACCCAAAGAAGCCAACUUGAAGGGAACUUUUGGUAAAGGUGUUGUCAAUCUAGAUGUAUGGACUGAAUGGAGGAGCUUCUGCUGAAGCCCAGGAGCCCCCAGCGAGUAGGUUUGCUUGUGGCAAUCCCUAGGUUCAUGUUGUCUGUUUGGUCGAGCAUGGGCCCAGCCCCAGCAGCCAUCUGAACGCCCGUUAGUAACUGCCCCGCCUUGGAGCAUGGGUCCAGCUAGACAGGAAGGAGAAAGCCCAGGAUUUUCUGAAUGCGGGCCUCAUAGCCUGUCAGCUGCCCACUGUUUCAGGAAUAGCGGAAGCUACUCUUUACCUCACAAGGAUGAAGGAGCAUCGGCAUCUUCAGAUGUCUUAAGAACAUCAAGGUCCUUUGGUCUCAUCUCCUUUGUCACUCCGUGACUGUGCAUGGGAGACAUAUUAUGUGUUUCCAGGGAUACAGACAGGUGCCGUGGUCACAGGCCUUGGCUUGGAUUAUAGUCCAGGUACUAUGUUUGGGAAACAAAUGGCCUGCAUCCUCUAGCCCUGGGCUGGAACAGGGCACCCCCUGAUGUCUCCAUCUGUGAUAUUCCAGCCUAAGUUGGCCUGGCUCCCUUUAUCCUUCCUGAAUCCUGGAACUCUUGUCUUCUUGCAAGACCUGAGUCCUGUGUCAUAGCCACAGUGGUGCAGGACACCCCCUCCCCAUGGCCAUACGUGGCCACAGUAUGUACAUAUGUGCCCACACAUGUGCACAUGUAGCACGUAACUCCGCUUGGCCUCUGGUACCGCUUACACUGCUCCCAGACCCGUUGCUGUCAGUGUCCCGAUAUUGUGGCUGUGGCUGUGACCACAGACGAUCUGCCGUCUCCUGGAAAUGCAGGGACUGCCCUUCAGAGAGUGCUGGUGGCCGCUGCCAGUCAGGGUCUGCUUUGCAGAACAGAAUGUGAACCUUGUGGCCCAUCAUCUGAUGGUGUACUUGACUUAUUUAAUUAAAAACAAAAACAUGCAACGAGCAAACUCUGAAA